GAGCGGAGGCUGAGGAGAGGCUGGCUGGCGGCUCCGGGGCGGGAGCCGCGGCCCCUCGGGCGCUCCCCGCCGCUCUCGCUUCUCUUGGGGCCGCCGCGGGCCAGGCCGGCCUGGCCGGCCUCUAGCCGCCCGUGCGGGCGCGGCCGGGCCGGCGGGCUGUUCCCGGUUGUGGCUGACCCCAGGCGGCGCCGGAGUCUCGGCGCCGGGGAGGAGUAGGCGUUUCCCGCUGGGCUGCGCCGGGCCUGGCCAGCCCGCUGCGGUUCUGCGGCCGGGGGCAGGGCAGGGCAGGGACGCGCCGCAGAGGCAAGCUUCUGAAUGACUCUCACGGGCAGGUAACUGCUCUUGCAAGAUCCCUUGAAUCUGCAGGAAGGAGUCUCAGAGGCUACUGAGACAGGGCUGUAUGAAAACUCCCAGAGGAAAUGCCAGUUGGGAUGGCUCGAGAUCUGGAGGAAACUGGCUCAUCCUCAGAGGAGGAGGAAGAAGUUGUAGAUGGGCUAGAGGAUCAUCCAUGCAUCAGGUGGACUGGUGGUGGCUGCAGGCGGAUCCCUAUCUUGGUGUUCCACGCUGAAGCCAUUCUGACAAAGGACAGCUAUCUCCGCCUAAUUGGAGAGCGCUACCACUUGUCCUAUAAGAUUGUGCGAACAGACAGCCGUCUGGUUCGAAGCAUUCUGGCUGCCCACGGAUUCCAUGAGGUGCACCCUAAUAGCAGCGAUUAUAAUCUCAUGUGGACAGGAUCACACUUGAAGCCCUACCUGCUGCGUUCCCUUACAGAUAUUCAAAAAGUCAAUCAUUUCCCUAGGUCGUAUGAGCUGACACGAAAGGACAGACUAUACAAGAACAUCAGUCGUAUGCAGCUGGCCCAUGGAUUCAAGACGUUCCAUAUCUUACCUCAGACCUUCAUCCUGCCGACAGAAUACCAGGACUUCUGCAAUACCUAUUCUAAGGACAGAGGCCCAUGGAUAGUGAAGCCUGUAGCCUCUUCCAGGGGUCGAGGUGUCUACCUGGUAAACAAUCCCAACCAGAUUGUCCUGGAAGACAACAUCCUCGUUUCUCGUUACAUCAGCAACCCCCUGCUCAUAGAUGAUUUCAAAUUCGAUGUGCGCCUCUAUGUUCUGGUUACUUCCUAUGAUCCACUUGUCAUCUAUCUCUACGAGGAAGGAUUGGCCAGGUUUGCAACAGUGAGGUAUGACCAGGCAUCCAAGAACAUUAAAAACCAGUUCAUGCAUCUGACCAACUACAGUGUCAACAAGAAGAGUGGAGAUUAUGUCAGCUGCGAUGAUCCUGAAGUAGAGGAUUAUGGAAACAAGUGGAGCAUGAGUGCAAUGCUGAGGUACUUAAAACAAGAGGGGAGAGACACCGCAGCAUUGAUGGCGAAUGUGGAGGACCUGAUUAUCAAGACUGUAGUUUCUGCUGAGUUGACCAUUGCCACAGCUUGUAAAACUUUUCUUUCACAUCGUGGCAGCUGCUUUGAGCUGUAUGGUUUUGAUGUCCUUAUUGAUGACACUCUCAAGCCCUGGCUGUUGGAAGUGAACCUAUCCCCAUCGUUGGCCUGUGAUGCUCCUUUGGACCUGAAGAUCAAAGCUAGCAUGCUCUCAGAUAUGUUCACUCUUGUAGGCUUUGUGUGCCAGGAUCCAGGCCAACGGUCAAGCAGGACCUUUUAUCAUUCAUCUGAAUCUGUCAGGAGAAAUAUGUACCAGAAGCUGCAGCGUCCUGUGUCUGCGCAGUCGCAAACAGCAAACACCAGAUUGCGUACCCGUCCUCUGUCUGCUAGUGAUGCUGAAAUUAAAAACCCAGUGACCUCAGGGAAGGAAAAAGCAACAGGAAGGCAAGGCACUUCUGUGCUAGGUCUCUCCAUGGAGGAGAUAAAAGUUCUUCGUCGCGUGAGAGAGGAGAAUGAACGGAGAGGAGGCUUCAUCCGGAUAUUCCCUACCCCAUUAACAUGGGACCUUUAUGGAUCCUUUUUAGAGCACAAGACUUCAAUGAACUACAUGCUGGCUACACGUCUGUUUGAGGACAGGGGUAAGAUGAAAAGAGACUUCAUCACUGGGAGAUCCCGAGCAGGUCUUAAUGGAAGGCUGGAUAUGAGGCUGGAAGCUGUAGACUCUCAUGCUCUCUUUUAUGAGAGAAAGCUUGUUUCACUGGAGUUACGGAAGCGCCGGCGAUGUCAUGGCAAGGCUAGAGCAGCACGAACACGAUCAUCAGGGACAUCAGAACCAACAAAGCUGUCCCUCAAGUCAGACACAGAAGGUGAGGAGGAAGAGGAGGUGGAUGCAGAUGAAGAUGAAGAGCUAGAUAGAACUGUUGGCUCUCUUUCGGACACCCAGGUGAAAAGCAAGCCAAAGCUCUCUGACUUGGUGAAAACUACUUGUAAGGAGAGGUUACCAAAAACACUUGACAAGAAAACUGGAAAUGGAAAAGAGCUGUUUCUUCGAAAAAAAGACUCAGAAUCUCAGUUUAACUUGCUGCAGAUUCUUCAAAAGCAUGGAAACUUGAGCAAAGUACAAGCUCGCCGGGCUUUCUCUGCCUAUCUACAGCAUGUUCAGUUGCGACUGAUGAAGGAGGCUGGUGACCAGAUCCAGAAUCCUGCCUGGGCUGCCAAAGAGGAUGAACAAAUGGAGCUUGUGGUACGCUUUCUGAAGCGAGCUGCCAGCAAUCUUCAGCAGUCCGUGAGGAUGCUGCUCCCCAGCCGUCGCUUAGGACUAAAUGAUCGUCGUCGUAUUCUUGCUCACCAGUUGGGCGAGUUCAUAAUCUGUUAUAACAAGGAAACGGAGCAGAUGGCUCAGAAGCAAUCAAAGAAGAAACAGGAAGAGGAGGAGGAGGGAGUGAAUCCCGAAGGUUUUCAGAACUUUAUUACCAGAGCAAGUGAAAGCGACCUGGAGGAAGUGCUGACAUUUUACACGCACAAAACCAAGUCAGCAAGUGUCUUCCUAGGAACAAACUCCACAAGCACAAAACCCAGCAAUACCAGUGAUCAGUCAGAGAAACAGCCUCAAGGGGAGCAUCCUGAGGUGGUGAAAAAAAUAAAAGGUGAUCAGUCCAAAAGUUCAGUUGCAGAUCUGCCUGCAGAAGGAGCAUUAAAAGGCUAUAAACCCAAAGAAGUUAAAGCAACCUUUCCAGAAGGACCCACCUUCUCCUUAAAUGCGGAAGUGAAAUUACCUCCGUGCGGCCUUCCUAGUGCUUCUUCCUCUGUUUCUGGUGCCAUGUUCCAGAGAAGUACCAGUUCCUGGAUACCAUCUCAGCCUGCAGCCUCUGAAAAUUCACAGGUGCCUGGUCACCAUUCAUUGCCGGCUCCUCCAGUUGGUCCCAGGCUGAUUCAGUGCCCAUUCCCACUACCCUCCUCACAGAGUACAGCUCCUGAUGGCUCCUCUGUCUUCACAAACCCAGUGUCCAGUGAGGCUUCUAGCCUUGCAGGAUUACAUCGUUGUCAUUCUGGUAGCUACACCAUUGGCCCAUUCUCAUCUUUUCAGAGAACCGCUCAAAUCUACAGCCAAAGAUUGUCCCGACCAUCCUCUGCAAAAGUAGGUUUGUGCCGUCGUAGUCCAAGUGGGCAGCGUGUGGGUUCAGCCAUGAUGCACAAAGAUGCAGAAGAUACUUCUUCCCAGGGCAAACAUUAUAACCCCAAUAUGGUAGCAGCAGAACUGCAGCAGCUGGCAGAAAAGCAAGCAGCCUGUCAGUAUUCCCCACCAAGCCACAUCAGUCUCCUUACACAGCAGUUAACAAACCUGAACUUGGCAAGUGGAGCUAUUAGCAAGGGGGAUGCAGCCGCCCCACAGAGCUACCAGUCACCACUCAGCAAAAGAGGGUCAUUGUGGGCUGUUCAGUCAGACACUCAUAUAGGUGACAAAAGAUCUGUCUCUUCAGCAAUCAGGGCUCCAGAGAGUCAUCGUUUUGCCUGGGAAGGAGAGAUGGAGAACAGUGUGUACAACAAGGUGAUGCAGAGGCCGCUAACACAUCCCAACUAUCAGCUCCAUUUUGCUGUGCAGCAACUUCAGCAGCAGAAACUUCAGUCACGACAGCUGUUGGAGCAAAGCCAAGCCCGGCACCAGGCUUUCUUUGCCAACUCCUCACACUCCAACACCAGCCAUAUAGCUAUGCCAGCUGGCUCUGAUGCCCGCAAGACAUCAAGUGCCACUUCUAGUAUCCAGAAGGCAGCCAGUUUGCACAAAGUGAUGCCAUCCCAGAGUACGCCUUCUCAACUGGUUCCAAAGCCUCCAGCAAACCACAGGCAGGCAGUGGUCAGAAAGGUUUCAGCCCAGAGGAUUUCCAAGGUGACCUCCACUGAAAGGCAACUGAACAGAUUUCAAAACACCCUUCGCAGUGCUGCAUCCUGUGAGCCAGGGACAAAUUCCACAGCUUCUGCUCGCAGAGAAGAACUAAUGCUGAACACCAGGUGAGGAAUCCAGGGUUUUGCUUCAAGUAUGGGGCAAAGGAAGAAGCAGCAGUGACUUCAUACCACCACACUCCCAUAACAGCCAGGAAAGAGUGAAGAGGAGGAGGCCCUGGUGAGAGGACAACCCACCAAGGAGAGUACCUGAACAUCUGUGGCAGCUAGUGAUAGACCUGCAAGCUGAGGUGAAUGAUUGCCUCUGAGAGCUUCUGCUGCUGAGUCUUGGGGUCCCUUCACCCCACUUCUUCCUGACCACUAACCGUGAGAUCCCUCUUUAAGACAGAGGUCCUCCAGCCAUCUGUAUUGUUCUUCCUAAGGUCCAAGUUUGAACAUAAACUCUCAUUUGCUCAGCCAUUUCAGGCUGUCCUAGUCUGAUAACAGCCAAGGUUCUCUGCUGUCAUCACAUCGCAACCAUCAGCAGAGAAAAGUAUUAGAACAUACGACUGGAGACAUCCAUGUUGGUUGCCAUCUUGAAUUUUGGCACAGAGCUAUAGAAAUGAUUGGCUUGAAUAAAGGAAUUUCAUUUAUUUGUUUUGGUUAUAAUUUCAGUUAUUAAUUCACACCCCCAAAAUACUUGCUGUCAUAUUGGACAGGAUUUUAAAUCUGUCUUUAUGUUUCAGUAUUGGAUGCUUAUGUUCUGUGUGGCUUAUUUUGUAUUGCAAUUUCUGUUUGUUUAGGCUUUAUAAACUUUUUAAAUUGGCUGAUGUUUUCAGACCAAGUUUGAACCCUAAGGCCCAGGUGGCUCCUAUCAGUUGCAAUAGUGGCUUGGUGAAGUGCUCCAGUUAAAAUUUGCCUAACGGUAUGAAAAUUAAUCUGCUUGUGUUAGGAAACAACAUCAGCAGCUGGAAAAUGUAUUGGAGAGAAGAUCCACCCAUCCUUAAAAUGAACAGGAAGCAGCUUCAGUUCUGGAUCUUUGUUGGUGCCAGGUUAAAGGAAAACUCAGUAUUUUGCAACUUCUGCCUUAUCAAACAGCAAGUGGUAUGACUAAUUCUCAAAGGAUACAAAACCUCUUGUUUGUAUCAGAUCCCUCAGAGAUUGGAUUCUAACAGCCUGUUUGAUCUGUUUUCUUAUUCCACAGCUCCCCUGUCAUAUCUAGCCUGUAUAGUCUGUUUUAAGAGAUCAUUCGCAUGAGUUGGCAAGUAGAUAAUGAUCAACCCAAAUGGCUGACAGAAGAAACAGUGUCAGAGGGGGGAAAGUGUUUUCUCUUGAAAUGAUGGUGUUCGUGUUCACUCUUGGAUUGUGCAUAUUUUCUGUUGUUCAAGACCAGAUAAAUUGUGAGAAGAUGAAAUAAUUAUGUUCAUACCCCAUUAGUUUCACUAUUGCUUGCUCCAGGCAUGAAUUCAUAGGACAGAACAUGCAUUUUUUGAUUUCUGUUCCACUCAUGCACUUGACAGAUAUUGAAUACAUCAUUUGUCUAAAAUGCAGUUCUCUGAUGUAGCUGUUCCUUUUCUUACUUCCUUGGCUUAUCUUUCAUUUCCUAGACAGUCAGAGGAUAGUCACGAUCCUGUUCACUUUCUCUGCGUUUUUCAGCUGUGUUCUUCAAGAAUUUACACAGCAUUUGUCUGCUGCCUGUUCUGCCAUCACAUAUCAUCAGUGACCAAGAGAUCUGUAAAAUCUUGUGAAGUUACUUCCAGAUCACAUCCCUUCUGUCUGUAAUCAUUGAAUUCCACCCACGGAUCUCCAAGCUAGAUGCUUCUACUGGUGCAUCAAGUUGUUGGCUCAUGAUGAGUGAAGAUUCAGUUGCAGAAGUUGUCAUUUCAAACUUUUGCACAUUCUCAGCAUCUGUGGGCUUCCAGACCUUAGGUCUGCCUUUUCAUAGCCUACUCUUCUAUGUAUGGUGUUGGCUAUAGCCUCCAGCUCUGUUCCAGAACUGUCAGAGGGGCUAUUUCCCUAUAAGAGCGUCAGUAAGUAACAGAUUCCAUUCCUGUCUUCCUCCCACGGGAUCUGAGUUACCUUUAUUCCACUGAGUUUCAUGUGCAGGAUUGAGUACCUAUAGGAUAUAUAUCCUUGUGGAACUCUCAGCUUCGUUUUUGUUCCCUGCUUUCUUCACUCAGGUUGUCAAAGCCACCUCUGAAAACUAUAGAGAGUUUUGGAGGAUAGAGAUUUAUAUGCACAGUUAGCCCAGGAGAGGUGAUUGUUUUCAGAGGAUCAUUGGCAGAAACAGCAUUCUUACAUCUCUAUCUGACAAAUUACCAUUAGUGCUGGUUUAUUAUGAACAUAAGUUAAUUGUUUUGUCAACUUUGCCAGUAUCCCACCCACUCAUUUUGGGAUAAUGGUUUGUACUCAAUUAUAGCCAGAAUGUUUUCUGAACUUGUUUGCAUUGUGUGUUAGAUGUAGCCAGCACCACAUCUGUAACUGUGAUGAUUUAGUAGCAAUACAUCAGACAUCUUGUCUCUAAGAUUUUUGAAAUAUUCAGAGAAAUGCACAUUGCAGUCUAAGACCCAUGUUUCAAAUGGAUGAAUUUUGUCAGCUUCAGGAGCAGUAAAGUUUUGCAUCUUUUGUCCCUGGAAAAUUUUUCUUCUGCUUUCAACAAGUAAAAAAAAAAAACCCAGGGAUAUCAAGACUGGUCCUUUAUCUCAAGCCAAACACCUAGACCUUGAACUCCUGUCCAGCCUCAGGAUAUGCUAGGGCAGCUGGAGCAUCAAAGGAAAUAGCAGUAUUCCUUUGCCUUGGGCAUCUGCUGAUCCCAGCUCUGGAAACAAAUGCUAUUACCUUGGGAGUAUGUGCAAUAGAGAAUUGGGAAUUAAUUUUGCGAUCCCAGCCUCUUAAUUUUUCUGUCUUCCUUUACCCCGCUCAGCCUGUCUGUCUUCGUGCAUGGUGGAUACUGUGUACUGAAGGAUAACAUAUGUAUUUUCCCUCUUUGCAGCUCUGCUACCUUCAUGUCAGUCUCUUUUUGAAAACUUCUCAGAGACUGCCUCAGUUAAUAUCUUAGGAGAGGAGGGAUAGAACUGUUUCCCGCAAGGCAUUUUACAGGAAGUGUUUUCUAGUACAAGGGAGGAAAGGAAAAUAGAAACCAAUCUGGAUUUGUAAUAGUUGAACAUGAGGGGAGUACAGUUACAUAUGUGUUCCUCAAGUGGUAAUUAGUUUGUCUCUGCUUUUAUGACUUUUACUUCCCUGUAUUCAUCAUUGAGUUUCAUCAAAAGUGCCUUUGUUACUGUGAGAAAAGAAAAUUACCAAUAGAAAGCCCCAACAAUCAUUCAGCACCUACUUCAGUGGUGAGACUAGAUAAUGUAACCAAGGUGUCCUCUUGCUCUCUCCUACUCCGUGAUGUUUGCAUCACUUCUAAAUUAAGGAGCCUGUUCCAAAGACAGAGCAUCAGGCUUGUUAUUCUUGAAAGGAGUAAGGUGCAUAUCAGAGUCCUGGAGGCUGAGGUAAUGCAGUGUUCAUACAAGCGUUUUGUGCUGCGCUUAGGUGAUGAACAUAUCACAACAUCAAAAUUAAGAGAGUGAUAUUAGAUUCUCUCCUCUCCAGAAGCAGCUGACUUGUACUUAGUGUGUGAAGUAUUAAGUUCACUUUUACAUGGUUCAUCUUAGCCUUUAAAACAGCUUCACAAGCCAUGUGAGUACUAUCAGUGGGACAUCAUGUUGUGACACUAGAUAGACUUAGUUUUGGAUGGUCACAAAACAUACUGAAAUUUCCAUUCUCAAGACCAGAUAUGCUUUUGGACAAUCAUGGUUUGUUGGAAAUGCUCCUCAUUAUGAUGCCUGAAAUGUCAACAUACACGUCUCAGAUACUGGUUCCACACUGUGGCAGGAGGUUUUAGUAUCAAGAGCUUUGUUUACUAGUAGGAAUCUCACUGCUGUGCCUCUUCCUCAUACUGGAAUAUGGAUAGUCUGUGUGUGCACAGAAUUGAAUGGCUGGCAGUGCUGGACCAUUCCUCUUCUUUACCAGUGAAGGAGAUCACUGACUUGUAGAUGAGUUUACAGAACAGACUGGAUUCUCAGCUUGCGUUCUUGUACUAAUACAACAGUUCCAGUCAUUUUGGAUUAUUUGAUGGAAACAAAAGUAGUCUGGCUCCUGACAUAUUUUUGUUAAGGUUUACUUGAUCAAACUGCCAAGGAUGUUUUUCUUCAGUCAGUCCUACAUUUGCUGCUCAUCAUAAUCCUGGGCUCACUGUUUGAAUUUGGAUGAGUUAUUUGCUUGUGUUUAAAUAGUUGGGUUUUUUUGGUUGCAGUAACUGGCUGAUUGAUCCUCUUCAUAAUAUUUCCUUUCUGAACACAUUAUUCCUGUGGAUCUGUCAUGAGCUUCUUCUAAAAGAAGCUUCUGAGCUUAACUUAAAUGUGGGACUUGACCUCCUUUUCUUCUUUCUAGAACCUCAUGUUUCUAGACCUAAGACAUCCUUGUUUAUGCCAGACAUCAGGAGGACCUUAUUUGAUCGUUACAGAAUCAGGUCUGUCAAAUGGUCCUUGAGAUUGGUUAUAUCAAGAGCACGAAACUUAAUAUUCAUUGUUCUCUUCAUGCAGGAAGUGGUUAAUGGGAAAAGAUGUGGGCAAGGAGGAGUAUAAAGGAGAAGGUGAAAAGGGAGUAAUUAUUUGCAGUCUUGCCCACUAGAAGUAGGAGCAUCAGAUAAAACUAACAGAUAUCAGAUUCAAAGAAUAAUAAAAAAAAGGGGGGAGGGGGUGCGAUUUUUUUUCACAGUGUGUAAAUGACCUGUGGAACUCUUUGUCACAAGAUGUUGUGGAUACAAAAAAGUGUAUGUGAUUUGAAAAGACAAAUAUAUGAAAAAGUAAUCUAUUAGGGCAUAUUGAAUAUUAAAACUAAAAAACAAGCAGGAAGUUUCUAAGCCUUUUCAAGUGACUUUUCUGGGGAAGUAUCACAAUGGUCUUUUACAAUUUUUAGCUUGUCUACCAGGCAUGUUCUGUUGACCAACAUCAGAGAGUAGAGGUGGGCUAGAUGGUCUUGUAGUCUGACUUUGUAUGGAUGUUUUAUUUUGACAGUGGCAGUACAGCCUGACAGAAUAGCCAAGGCAAGUUUGCCUUCCAUGAGAGUGGCGUAUUCCACCACAAUUCACUCUGUAGUGUUGGGUUUUCUAAGAAAAGUCUCCAUUGCUGACAUCUGCCAAGUUGUCACAUGCAGCUUGUGUACACCUUCACCUGGGUGGGCACUAUAUAUUGCAGAGGCUUUCAGACUGAUGAAGCUCUUACAGAAGCAUAAGGGACACCAAGAUCCACCUCUAGACAGCUGUGAUUUUGGAGUAGGAUGUUUGUAAAUGGUUAAUUGCUUAAAUAUGGAAAAGAAAAUACCACUCCCUGAAGCUUUUAAGUUAUCUUGUUCAUACACAUUUCACUUCUCAACAUCUUUGUCUUCCCAAUUGCUUGAAUGCAGAGAACCUUCAGGGUGAAUGUGCACAGCCACAUCUUAAAGAACUACAGUACCCGGUAGCUGCUUUCUUCCCACUUUAGAACCCUACUGUCCUUUUCCAAAGAAUGAGAUUAAGUUUCCCUGCUGCCUUAGAAAUUAGUAGCUAGGAAACACAAGCUGAUCUGCUCCAAAAUUGUUGGAUUCUGCAUUUUUGAAGCAGCCUCUCCAUCCAGUUUUAACACAGAGGACAGAACCCACUGAACUAAAGGUGACAAACAAGACACCAGGCCUGUCCUCAGGAGCCUGCUCUGUCACCUUACCAAAAAAGGAUUUUACUGGCCUUCAUUGAAAAAGUUUUCACCGCUGUUUCCAAUUUAAAGGAAGAAUCACUGAUCACUGUAGAGACCCUGGUGUGAAGCCUUUUCCAGUGGUAUUCAGUGAAUCAUAGUGAUUCCUUAAGGAAAAGAGUAUACUUAACAAGGGCCUCUUCUCUACAAGUUCAUGCCUACAGCACACACAAUGAGCUUGAGAAAUCUUAUAUUCUUUGAAAAGGAGAGGCUUCUUUAUCUGACCUAUCAGACAAAAUCAUUGAAUUGGCCUUAAAAAACAACUUUGAUAUAUUUGUUAAGAAUUAUGGGGCUGUUAAAAAUGUAUUUUUUAUUACCAGAGUUUUUAUCAUUUGUUUGGGGCAGGUGGAAGAGCUGCUGCUAUCUCUAAAUACAAUUUCAGCAUUGUAUUUGGCUUUUCGCCUAUGGGUGUUCUGGGAUGUGCAACAGAAGACAACCCCAGAGCAUUAGUUUAAUUUGGUGUCCCUGCAAGAGUAUUUUAGACUAUCUCAUUUCACCGUAGUUAUAGCAAAGGUAAAUUGUAGUCUCCUUCCCCCAGACUAAGAAGAGACAAGUUACUGUACUCAGUGUAGUUAUAUUCAAACAUCAUAAAAUCUCCUCAAAAAAAUGUUUUGGGGUUAUUGAUCUACUCCCUAUGUCUUGAAUAUUACCAUGUCAAAAGUCAGGAAGGAAUCUUUGAAAAGUUCCUCUACUGCCAAGUCCAAAUGUUUGACUGUCAUCACUCCCUCAUGCUACUAUAAAAUUUUUCUUAGGCAGGGGAAGAAAACUGACAAGAGAUUUUCCCCACUGUUUCCAGUCAUUACUAUAUAGAAUUCACUUCAUGUUUUUCAAGUGGUUUUGCCUUGUUUGUGCCAUUCUUCAGGGUGUGCAGAUGGACCGCCAUGAAUCUACUGGGAGGGCAAAUGAAGUUGUAGGUGUCCCAUUAGUGCCACUAGUUAUGGUACUUAUGCUUCCAGUUGCAUGAUGCUUCUGCCAUUCAAAUUGGGGUUGUCUUCCCUCCUGAAAAUGUGUUUUCUCCACCAUUUCUAAUUCUAGAAAUUUAAUGUGGAAUACAUUUUGUCUAUGAAAUCAGCUAGGAUUUUUUUUCUUAUCCACAGACCUACAAGACUCAUGUCUCCAUAUGUCUACUGAAAAUUUCUCAUGAAAAAUAUCUAAGAAUAAAGAUUGGUGAUUCUUCCUGCCAAA